AUGCAGCAGUGGUCUGUAACCGCUGCCACGGCUGGCAUUCUGGCAGUCUUGCUGUCGUCUUUGCCAGCGACGCCGCAGGCCGCGGCGGAGUCAGCGGACGCGGUUGUCUAUGCACCAUCACAGGGCGAAAAGGACAACCAAUGCUCUCCGCACGGGGAGAAUUGCAUGGAGACAGGCUGUUGCCAGAAUGAGAACGAGACCUGCUUUGCUAAGGAUGAGAACUUCUCCACGUGCCUGUUUGAGUGCGAGCCGGGCAUCCACGAGGGCGACGGGGAGGGGUUCCAGACCCCCUGGUCGUGCGUCACGCCCGACCUGUGGAAGUGCUCCAAGGAGAACGACAACUGUGCCCAGACCGCCUGCUGCCAGAACCCGGACCUCAAGUGCUACAAGAAGAACGCGAACUUCUCGAGCUGCAAGGCGUCCUGCGAGCCGGGCAUCCACCAGGACGACGCCCCGGACUUCCAGACGCCGUGGAACUGCUCCGAGGUGACGCAGGUGUGCGGCGAGGUCUACCAGCAGUGCGGCGGCAAGGGCUGGGCGGGAGCCACGUGCUGCAACUCGGGCUGCUCGUGCGUGGUGACCUCGGUCUACUACCACCAGUGCGCGCGCACCGACGUCGGCAUCGGCGAGAACGACGGCUCCGCGAACACCUGCUCGGGGGCGCCGGCGCCGCCGCCGCAGACGGAGGACGAGGCCAGUGGCGGCCACGGCGCCAAGAAGCCCUCGCACGCCUCCGAGGAGGACGAGGAGGAGGACGAGGACGAGGAGGAGGAGGGUGCGGCCGGCGAGAAGGCGGCGCCGAAGGAGAAGGCCAAGGCCUCCAGGGGCGCGGCGCCGCCGCUCGCGACCAUGCACGCCCAGGUCGCCGGCGAGAAGGCGACGCCGAAGAAGUCCAAGGCGUCCAAGGACGACUCCGAGGACGGCUGGGGCGGCGACGACGACGACGACGACUGGGACGACAUGGACCUCGCCGAGCAGCUGCCCGGCGGUGCCGCGGCCUUGCCCGCCGCGCGCCACACGCUCGCCUGGGGCGCGGCCGCGGGCCUCGGCGCCGCCCUGGCGCUCGUGGCGGCGGCGGCGGCGCUCGCGCGGGGCCGCCGGGGGAGGGACAUCCACUCCCACGAGCUGACCAGCGUCUCCGAGGAGCUCUUGGACCUGGAGGUGGAGUGA